AUGGAGAAGGAAAGAAAGAAGCUGGGCCUGCCAGCGCUGCGCAAUCUAGUGUGCGAAGGGGGUUCCUGCCCUAUAUUCAAACAGGCCAAAACUGAAGUCCAGCUCGAUUUUCUUAGAGUCCUUUGGAACACCCUCCAUAAAGCCCUUCAACCACAUUACUUUGAUGUCUUACAAAGACUUGAGAAGACGACUUCGGCCGCCGUUCAGACCAUUCGGCAUGUCAAAGACCCUGUCAUCGACAAGCAAUUGAAAGAUGAUUUACCAAGCCACAAUCCUUCAACAAUCCGACUAAAACAGAUGAGGGAGGCUAUCAAAGACGUCUCGUCAAUUGGGAACUCCCAAGCCGGCUCAGUAUUCAUGGACAUGUCUCAUAUAGUAGGACUCGCACACAAAAUCCCCGGGACUAAUACGACUAUAGCAAGUUACGGUAAUGGUGCGUGUACGGUGUUACUGGACUACACAGACUAUGGUCCCCUCACUGAAACAAUGAUGGCAAAAACAUAUGUUCGUGAUCUGGCGAGGCUUCUGUUGAACGUGGAACCGAUGACAUUUGGUCUCUUGAAAUGCCAGGGUGUGAUUGAACUACCUAACAAGGUUGAUAAAAGCCAAUUCCAGUUUAUCCUCGAAGUGCCAAAAGGAUUUUCACCACCAAGGACGCUCCGGGGUAUCUUGGCGGAAGCUCCUCGGUGCUCCCUUAACCAUCGUAUCCAGCUAGCCAAGCAGUUGGCUCGUUCAGUCAUAUUUGUUCAUACAUCAGGAUUUGUCCACAAAAAUGUGCGCCCAGAGACCAUUCUAGUUUUUGCGGACGGCUCGAGCCGCCUUGGCCCGUCGUUCCUCACAACAGAGAAGUCAGGAGAUCUGGUGUGGCAGAAGAACCUUUACCGGCAUUCGACGCGGCAAGGCCUCUGGCCCGAAGAUUACUACAGCAUGCAGCAUGAUAUUUACAGUCUCGGGGUGCGCUUACUGGAGCUUGCACUUGGUACUGCUAUUUCGUGUUCCGAACUUGACAUAUCAGCCGCGAUUUUGGAUAAGGACCCGCGUCGAGGUGCAUUUGCCAUCAAGAAACUACUAGUGGCUAUGGCCGAAGAGUGUCUUCCCAAUUCGAUGGGUGACAGAUACACUGGCUUGACAGACCAAGAUGGUAUUAUUGUUGGUGUUCGAUAUAUCGAAAAGAUUUUACUACAAAUAGAAGAGAUUUGCAUUUGA